AUGGCUUCCACGCUCACUCUCGAACAGGUCAAGGCUCUCCUGCGCGACUCGACGAACCUCAAUCCCGACCCUCUCGGCAUGAAUAUGGGUUCUGUGCAGUCCCACUCUGGACCGUACGAGCUGAAUCCCAGAGGGACUCCUCGUGAGGUCAGGUCGACUGUUUACGACGGCGUACCUAUUGUGGUCAAGUUCGGCCUAGAGGUGUAUCUGCGCGAGGCCGAAGCCAUGACCUAUGUGGCGUCGCGCACCUCCAUACCUAUACCACGCAUCUAUGGCGUCUUCACCGAGGCCGUCAGGAACGGCACUAUAACCUACAUCGUCCAGGAACAGGUACCCGGCACACGGCUCGAGCACGCGUUCGAGUCUCUCUCUUCGUCUGAGCGCGUCGUUAUCUCGCGCCAACUGCAGGACGUCUUCGCUCAGCUUUGUGGCCUGACGGACGGCCGAACGCAGCUCGGACCGUUCGGCGGCGGCUCCUGGGCGCGCACAUUCUGGUUUAAGGGCUUCCAAACCGACUUUCCUAUGGGCGACGCGGACGCACACACAACGCGUUCCUUACUCGCCUACUUCAUCGGGAUCUCGAGUCGGUCAAUCCCGGGCUGCGACUGGACGCGCGACGAGUUCCUCGCCUUCUUCGACCUCGGCCGCGCGCCGAACUUCUCGCACGGAGACCUCACGCCCUGGAACAUUAUGGUGCACAACGGGCGCAUCUCUGGCGUCGUUGACUGGGCGGAGGCGGGCUGGUACCCGUACUUCUGGGACAGCUUCGUGCUCGAGCGCGCGGCGUCCACGUUCCGGAGAAUCCCCGGGGUGCGGGAGAUGCUGCGCGCGGCGCUGCUCGAGUAUCUCCCCGAGGGUGACAAGUUUGGAACCCACUGGAAUGUCCAGAGCGACUUCUACUGGUGAUGUGUGUAAGCUGAACGCCACCUAACCAUGUAUACCAGCGCCUCGGAGAGAUUUUACCUGGAUGUAGUCAGUCACUACGGCGGCG